AAUUUAAAUUUUCAUACUUUCGAAUUUGCCUCUGCUCCGUUCAUGGCAGAUUUCUCACCAUUAAUUGGUAACUUUAGUUCUAACAUGUUGGUAACGCCGGAAACUAGUUGUUGGCAGUCAAAAAGUUCUUUCAUUGAAAUUUGUUGUGUACGAGGUUAACAUGGGGCGAGUUAUUCGUGCACAACGUAAAGGUGCAGGGUCAGUAUUUAAAUCGCAUACGAAGAAGAGGAAAGGAGCACCCAAACUUCGCGCUUUAGAUUAUGCCGAACGUCAUGGUUACCUCAAAGGUGUCGUCAAGACCAUUAUGCAUGAUCCGGGCCGUGGUGCGCCUUUGGCAUUAGUGCACUUCAGGGAUUUGUACAAAUUCCGCACUCGCAAGGAGCUUUUCAUUGCCCCAGAAGGCAUGUACACAGGACAGUUUGUGUAUUGUGGAAAGAAGGCGAAUUUACAAAUCGGUAAUGUGCUACCCGUUGGGACUAUGCCCGAAGGUACAAUCAUCUGUAAUUUGGAAGAGAAAACCGGAGAUCGUGGUCGUCUAGCCAGAGCUUCGGGAAAUUACGCCACAGUCAUCGCCCACAAUCCGGACACGAAGAAAACCAGAGUUAAAUUACCCUCGGGUGCGAAAAAAGUAAUUCCAUCUAACAACAGAGCUAUGGUCGGUAUCGUUGCCGGCGGCGGAAGAAUCGACAAGCCAAUCCUAAAGGCGGGUCGUGCCUAUCACAAAUACAAGGCGAAGCGUAACUGCUGGCCUAAGGUGAGAGGUGUCGCUAUGAAUCCCGUCGAACAUCCACACGGUGGUGGUAACCAUCAACAUAUUGGUAAAGCGUCGACCGUUAAACGAGGCACAUCUGCUGGACGUAAAGUUGGUCUUAUUGCUGCCAGAAGAACUGGUCGUAUUCGCGGUGGUAAAACGGACGUUAAGAAAGACGAUUAGAGUGUUAAUAUUUCAUCUUAUAAUUUAUGUGUUUUCAUAUAAAAUAUAAGAAUAUUGUGAGA